CGGCAGACCUCGUCAUCGUUUCCGGACCGGACUGCAGGCUCACAGCAAGCGUCCAACGACUUGUCGCAGAUUGCCCCAGCACGCCAACGUCGACUCUCGCCUUUGACUGCUCACACGAUAGCCAGUGAAUGUUCGCCAUGCCCGCCGGCGAGGACGGUCGCAUGAACGACCUCUCCGCUAACCAGCAGCCGCAACAAGAUCUAUCGACGUCGCACUCCUCAUACCUGUCCGCACUUCGUCAGAUCGACAGCAUAUCCGUCCCAGAUCUCGCAUCGACGCUUACAAAUCCAACAAUCACCCAACGGGCGUUAGCUUCGACAGCCGCGCAUCGCCUGGAUGACGACGAGGGCUGGGGACUCCAAGACUUCUCUCAGCAUCAGCAGCAGACAGCGUUGAGGGACCCGCAGAAUGAAUGGAGGGCACAGAAUGCGGCGAGCGAGAGAUUGAGGGCUCUUCAGGAACAGCUGCGGUCAUUGCAGGAGGCCCAUACGGAAAGUAGAGCAUUUCUUGACCGCAGCCUCCAGCAUCUGGAUUCUAUCCGAACAUCCGUGGGCAGAUCAGACACGACAGAUCCGCAACAGGCGAGCAGGUCAAGGGCGUUGGCGGAUCUGGAGAGGAUGGAGACAGCAAGAGGCGGGCCAGACGCAGCCAGGAGAGAUAGGCUACAGCGGGUUCUGUCGAGACUGAACAGACUGCAUAGUAGCAAUGUCAAUGCCUCGUCGUCCGGUUCAUACGGUGAGAAUGCGCCUACCCAUAACAGUCUAUAUGACUGGAGUCCCCCAUCCUUGACGGAAUUGGAUGUCAGGAUGGAAGAUGAGGAAUUUGAUACGAUACGACGCGAGUUGCGAAUUCAGAUGCCAAAUCACCAUCCCGAAGUGCUACGCGCCAUGGCAGAAAGCGUCAGAGUAGAUCUGGAAAGAGACAGGCAAAGAUCAAGAGGAUGGCAUUCGUCCGCUGAUCGAGCCUUCGGACUGUACACCAUCCCUCGUGCAGAGCAGAGUCUCAGAUCCCAGGCUAUACUUCAAGCCGUACGCCGGCACCCGCGUUUCGCAUCGAGGUCAAGAGAGAAUAUACAGAGAUAUAGCGCGGACAGAGUUGACAGGAAUGGAGUUGGUGCCGCUUCACUGUCGCGUAGCUCGGAAACAAGAGAACGGUAUUCGCCCACAUCAGAUCGAUUCCCUUGGAACAGACGGUCUGAUCGCAACUCCGGCACGAAUGACGACUUCAGAUCUCGAUUGCGUCGCUCAAUACUGUCAGAUCCUCCAAGUAAUUCUGAGGAUUCUUCUGCCGACUCAAUAAAGCGAGCUGUGGUAUACCUUGGCAAUCUGCGGCGUUCGCAGUCUUACGAAGACAGCUUGGGCUAUGCUGUAGAUGCGCGCUUCGUAACGAAGGAGUUCUUUGGCGAGAAACAUGAUGAUUUUGUACUGGACGUUCACUCUCUUGCUCCUGUCACGCCUACCUCAGUCCUUGCACGCGGCUCAAAGUUCAAAGGUUGCCAAAGAGCAAAUCCAGACCUCACUCCCACAAUGAGAAGGUCGAUAAGGAGAUGGGAGCGCGAAUUUGGCGGUUGGGAGACCUUUCAAUCAAGCUCUGGUCGGGAAUUUUUACCCCGUCUCACACUCGAUGAUCCAGGACGACCCCCGUCGUCGAACAUUCCCCCUCACGCACAACGUGCUCCAACGUCGACGAGGUACUAUACUCCCGAUCAGUGGCCUGUGGAGGUAACGGUUCAUGAGGUAGACUGGGACCGUAUGACUCUUUCUGCAACUAUGGAAGCGCAGAACGUGCCAUCGUACACUCCGUUCACAAUCAGUUCGCAAAACGAUGAUUCCACCUCGAGCUACCGCGCAGAUUCACCCAGCUCCCAGACCGAUUUCCUAAACUUCGAUGGAACCGUAUAUGUGGAGCCGCCUCGCUCUGAAACACCUCAGCUGCCUCCGCUUUCCGCGUUUCCAGCUUUCACAGACUCGAAGCCGGAAACACAAGCUCUCAAAACUAUCACAACCUAUCUUGAAGGCGAGAUUCUCGAUUUUCGCACUCAUAGCUUCAUUACUGAAAAUUUCUCAUCCACUGCGGCAAACGACGCCACAUACUGGCGCAAGCUAGAACCAUUUCGCUCAUUUACAUCGGAUGACGACUUAUUCCGUCGCCUGCUCUCACGCGAGUUCCUAAACGAGCUCAACGAGACAUAUCUUUUGAUGCGAUGGAAGGAAAAGUGCUUCGUUGAUGAUCCAAAUGCUACACAUUCGUCAGAGAUUCAAAGCGAGGGGCAGAGUUACGAGAUGGCGGAGGGAUGUGGGCUCACCAUUAGCGGUUUUUAUUAUGUGUGUCUGAGGAGGAAUGACGGCCAUGUCGAAGGUUUGUAUUGUGAUCCGCAGAGCAGUCCUUACCAGCAUCUCGUGUUAGAACGCAGUGUAAGUGAAAGCUGGUGGUGGGGGUGGGAAUUUAAAUGAUUCGGGGGCAGGCGUUAGAUGUGAUGCCUGCACUUGCUCUUGUUUUCCAUCAAAAUGAGAGGAUUCUUGUCGUGAGGAGCAGUCGACUGGACUCACAAAGGCAAAUCUAUAUUGUACGUAUUGUCGUCCAUCCUUCGAACAGAUUGGUGUUCCCAAUGUCAAUAUAUCGACUAGCUUCAAGAUCUUAGUCUUACUGGGUGUUUUGACAAGUGGGUAUGAACGGAAAGAGCGACGUAAGGCCCACUAAGGAUAGGAUCGCCAACAGAUUACGUCCUUCGCGAAGCUUAAUACCAAUGACUCGAGCUCUGUUCUCGUGUAAAAAGCCUCGCGAGGAUCAUGUGCCUACGCAACGUAGACAAUAAUAUAGAAUACGGAAUAGAUUACGAUAUCUUGUUGCGAGGGCGAGAUUGAGCGUUUUAGUGGGCAUAAGGACAGUGAAUCAAACAUGCCAUGGGCAAAUAAUGGAUGGCUGCUGUCAUGGAUGGUCCUGGAGAUGGCCAAAAAUGCUUUGUAUAGAGAGUCAAGACUUUACAACGACGAAGCAAAGAAAAUUCCCAAAAGAAGGAAGAAGAAUAUGGAAUGAGGAUAGCGAAGCAAAACAGUGCUCAAGAUAAAUGCUUCAGAAGCUGAAUAUGACUUACAAGGCCACGGAUCAGCCAAGGAUCAUGUACGGCAUGAAACUUGACAUGAUGCGGGUCUACUGAU